UCAUUGACCUUUGGAAGGUGAAAUUGAACAUUGUUUAUUCCAAGGGUCGCAAAGAUGAUCUGUAAACACUAAAAAUAAAGAAGACUGCCAAAUGUCACGUGUUUGUACUUUAAAGAUGGCUGCCUGCGUGUCAAGAGUUUUGUUGAGAGCUCCCGUUGUAAGACACUUUAGUGUUCGUAACUGCUAUGCCAAAACAGCAGUGAAUUUGAAGAUAGAUAAAAACACUAAAGUUAUUUGCCAAGGUUUUACUGGAAAACAGGGUACUUUUCAUAGUAAACAAGCCAUCGAAUAUGGAACUAAUUUGGUUGGAGGAGUGUCUCCUAAUAAAGCUGGCACAACUCACUUAGGCCUUCCAGUUUUUAAAUCAGUGAAAGAGGCUGUAGAAAAAACUGGAGCCACCGCAACUGUAAUCUAUGUUCCUGCUUCUGGAGCUGCGCAAGCCAUCUCUGAAGCCAUUGAUGCUGAAAUUCCUCUUGUAGUAUGCAUUACAGAAGGCAUACCCCAACAAGAUAUGGUGCGAGUGCGGCAUAAACUUAUAUUACAAAAUAAAACUCGCCUUGUAGGACCAAACUGCCCUGGUAUUAUAAAACCUGAUGCUUGUAAAAUAGGCAUUAUGCCGGGUCAUAUUCAUCAAGGUGGAAAGAUUGGUAUUGUUUCAAGAUCUGGAACUCUGACCUAUGAAGCAGUUCAUCAAACCACAGUUACUGGACUUGGUCAGUCUUUAUGUGUGGGAAUUGGUGGAGACCCUUUCAAUGGAACAAAUUUCAUUGAUUGUCUCGGUAUAUUUUUAGAGGAUCCUGAAACUAAAGGUAUAAUUUUAAUUGGAGAAAUUGGUGGUGUUGAAGAAGAAAAAGCGGCUGAUUUCUUAAAAAAGAAUAAUACUGGUGCAAAUGCAAAACCAGUAGUUUCCUUUAUUGCUGGAUUGACUGCACCUCCUGGUAGAAGAAUGGGACAUGCUGGUGCUAUUAUAUCUGGUGGUAAAGGGACAGCUCAAGCAAAAAUUGAAGCAUUGCAGUCAGCUGGAGUAGUUGUUACCAAAUCCCCUGCACAAAUGGGAUCAACCAUCCUAAAAUAUGUCAAACCCUAAGCCUGUGAUGACCUCAAGAUGCCAUUAUAUAUGUAAAGCAAAAUUUUUAUCCUUGUCCUGCAGAAAGCCUGUCAAUUCCAGAUCUCAUUUCUACAACAAUUAUUGAAUUUAUCAUGGUUUACAAUCUCUUAAAAUUUUGAAAUGAAUAAGCAAAAUGUUCUUUAAUAAAUGCUUUUUUGUAAAGAAAGUUGAUAUUGUAUGAUUUAAAAAAUUUAAAUGUAUAGUUGCUGAAAUAAAUAUUUAUUUUUUCUCCCAA